GAUAAGCAAUGCCUGAAAGAUAGUCUUUACUUCUGUGAGUACGGUUGGGCUUUCACUCUCCAUUCUUCAAGUUCAUCACAUUCGUAGAACUUGUCUAGACUUUUGUUAACGGUUUUCAGGGCUACGUGUGGAAAGACAGCAAUGGUUCGUGAACAAGAGUAUCCCGGCGUAAGCGCUUGUCCGUUUGCCAGCAACCGUACGCUGAUCGUUCCCGACGAUCCCCACGAAAAGUGGGUAUCGGCAGAAGGCUCCGAGCAUGACGAGAGUCACUUGCCGUGUGUGUCGUCUCCAGAGCUUGCUACGAUUCGGAUACAGCCCAUGCGUAUGAUGGGUCGAUCGAACAAAGCAGGUCCGCGCUGGAAUGCGGAAGCCUUUCACGAAACCUUGCGCUCGCCAACACCGGACAACGCUCUCGUGCUCUUUCAGGGAAUGGCUCGAGAAAGUCUAGCCGUGGUGUUAUCGCCGAAGCCGUCCUUUGUUAUGAAACACAGCUACGAAGUCUUUUUCGGUCAUCAGGGCAACACUGUCACAACCGUACAACGCAAAUCGUCACGGGACGAAUCGCUGUCCGUCACCCUUCCCGGACGUGUGUGCCAAGAAAAGGCUUGGACUUCGUACUGGAUCUGUUUGUCUGAAGAAAAGCUAUAUGUUGGAGUGGGUAGUGUACCCGGGCAGCAGCUUGUUGCUAUUUUGGACGAUCUCGCCCGGCAAGAUGCGCCCUCUUCGGAGGAACACGCGGUGCACUACGUUGGAUUCGGCAAUGCCUCCACUGGCGAUCGACAAGCGCCGAGUCCAUUGAAACUACGUGGUCUCUGUGUGACCACCAUCCCCGACUCGCUCCGCACGCGCCUAGCAUCCUUAAUCACUGCCAAGGACGUUUCCAUGAUACAGCUUGGGCGGGACGAAAUGGAUGCCGAAACCAAAGCUUUAAUGGACGAAUAUCAGCAAGAGUGUACCAAGGCCCGGGCCCGAGCUAGCAAAUUUGGAAUCCCCUAUCAGGAGCCGGCCCCGGACGCUUUUGUUCCUUGGUCCCAAGCCCGUCGUUUACGUGCCAAUCCUAAGCAAGGCUUCAUUACCGGCAUGGAUUUGUCGGAUCCGGUGGAAAAGGCUAAACAAGAAGCCCGUCAGAAGCGAUUUGGUACUGUAGCCGGAGAGGUCUCCACCGGUAGUGCCACGGGAGAGGGUGAAAUAUCGUCAAUUAUUGAGACUCAAGUUUUGCCAAUUAUACAAGCCUGGGAUAAUGAAGGAUUCGUGCGAAGCCAGCGGACCGACCCGCCGACGUUGUUCUGGAAGAAUCCUCCACCGGAUUCUAGUUUCGACGAACCUAAGAACGAGUUCUCUAUGGAUGAAGAUCCAGUCACGCUAAUUUCGGCAAAGAUUCACAUUUUCAGCAUCGAUUGGGCCGCGUUCAAGCAAAUUCGUACGAACGAUAUUAUGGCUCACUUUUCCAUUUACGGUCCCUCCUACAUUGAAUGGCUGGGAGACCUUUCCUGCAACGUUUGCUUCGAGGAUGCCUACUCGGCUACUCGGGCUCUAGAAAACAUGUCGCAAGAGCUACCAACACCGGCUCCGGAAACAAUACAAUCGGGCGGGACACCGCCUGAUUUAGGCAACAUGAAUUGGCGUUUUGGGAAAAGUCUUUUGCGCAAAGUAUCAAACGAUCGCUUCGGGCGCAAGGGUACAACGGCGCGACUUUUGAUGCGCACCGCCACUUCGAUGGAUAUUUUGCUCGAACGCCCACAAUCUUGGCCGAAACCACCACCCGGGUUUACCACGAAGCGCGUGCUUGGACCCGGCAGCAACGUGCGUCCCAAGAAAGGCAAGCGCGAACGACUGUCGCUACGCAACGACUGCUUUCUGCCGGAAAAUGACGAGCCCAAUCCUCUCGGAUUGCUCAGCGGGGGUCUCAAAGCGGGUCGCAGCGGGUUUUCGGUGGAAGAGUUGGAGGCUGAACGUAGGCAAAAACGAGCCAGGCUCACGCCUGACAAAGAGUUUAUGACGCAAGAAUGAUUUUGUCGCCCCGGAGAAUUGUUGCAAGCUGCAAGGUUUUGAUGAAAACGGCCGAGGUAAGUGAACCUGCUUCUCAACAUUUCUUUUUUUGGGACAUCUUUGAAGUUUAUCUCCGCAGCAGGCAAAUCUAUUGCAGAACUAUUUACUGAGCCAAUCUGACACAUUUGUCAACACCAAAGUAUAACAACAUUGAGGGGUGCAUUCCGCUACUAGAGGGACUCUAUGAGUGUGAUGUAAUAAGAAUAUUUGCCC